CACAAAGAAAUCUCUCAAACGAGCUUGUGUUGUAACAAUGGAAUUAGAGCUUUUUAUAACACCAUUAUUGUUAUUUUUAUUUUCCAUUUUUAUUCUUUUUCGAGGUAAGAAAAAACCGGACCGACUCCCACCCGGUUAUUUGGGACUACCCUUGAUAGGGCAAAGCCUCGACCUUUUGAAGGCCUUGAAAGCUGAUAAGGUCGAAAAUUGGUUUCAAGAAAAAAUAACCAAACACGGGCCUAUUUGGAAAGUCGGUCUGUUUGGAUACCCGACAGUCGUUUUAAAUGGUCCAACUGCAAAUAAGUUCAUCUACACUUUUGAUGGGAACAUACUCACCAACACACAACCACCAUCAAUGAGUCGAAUCAUCGGUUCGAAAAAUUUAAGCGAGUUAACCGGGAAUGAUCAUAAACGAGUAAGAGCGGCUCUUACUUCGUUUUUGAAGCUUGAAGUGUUGAAGCAAUAUGUUGCAAAAGUAGACGAAGAAAUCCAGCACCACCUUCAAACACAUUGGCAUGGUAAACAUGAAGUUCAGGUGCAACCCCUGAUAAAGACCUUAACCUUCAAUGUAAUUUGCUCACUUCUCUUUGGGAUCGAAAGAGGGCCUAAAAGAGAUAAGAUCCUACCACAUUUCAAACACAUGAUCGAAGGUGUGCUAGCAAUUCCAAUCAAUUUGCCUUUCACUCAAUUCAAUCGUGGGAUUUUAGCAAGAAGGAAACUAGUACCAAUAAUUUUAGAUCUUAUACGUGAGAAAAGGGAAGCACUUGAAGAACAAAAACAACAAGCUAAUCACCAUAAAGAUCUCAUCACUGAGUUGCUUUGCAUGCGUAAUGAGGAUGGCUCAACAACGACAUCUGAUGAGGAGAUCACUGACAACAUCAUCCUCGUGAUGGCUGCAGGAUACGAUACAACCUCAGCCCUCCUCACGUUUUUAGUUAGACUUUUGGCUAACAACGAAUCUAUUUACUCAACUUUAGUUCAUGGUAACGCAUCUUAUCUUCGUUUCUAUUGUUAUCAUUGCAAAAAACAAGAAAAGAUUGCCAAGAAUAAAGCACAUGGGGAAGCUUUGACAUGGGAAGAUCUUACAAAGAUGAAGUACAUGUGGAGAGUUGCAUCUGAGAUGUUGAGGAUAAACCCUCCCGUGAAUUUGAACUUCCGACGAACUAUGCAAGAUAUUGAGUACGGAGGAUUUAUAAUUCCUAAAGGAUGGCAAGUGUUGAUAUCUCAAUCCAUGACACACAUGAACAAUGACAUUUUCCAAGACCCGACCAUGUUUGAUCCAAAGCGUUUUGAGAAGCAUGCACCACAACCACCACCUUUCAGUUUUGUGCCGUUUGGAGCAGGGUCAAGGAUGUGUCCUGCUAUUGAACUUGCAAAAAUGGAAAUUUUAGCUAUGAUGCAUCAUUUGGUGACAAGGUUCACGUGGGAACUUGUCAAGAAAGACGAAUCAUUUAAGAGAAACCCAAUGCCAGAAUUCGAUCAAGGAUUGUUCGUGCGGAUCAAACCCACAAAAGCAUAAUUUAUGUCAUCCAAAGCAUCAUCGUAGGUAAGAUUUGGGCUAAUAGCUUCCCAAGACAAAAUGCAUUUGUCCAAAACCAUAUAUAG